AUGAAGCGUGGUGAUACCCCUCUGCAAGAGGUCUCGCAGAUCGAGUCCAAAGUGACUCGGGUUCUAGAUGACGCCAGUAUCCACAACUGCAUCUGGGGCGAGGGAGUCCUCCUGAUGCUGGGUGUAUUGCUUCGUAUAGAGAGGUUAAGCUGGGUGAUACCCGAUGCCGAGAUCGACAAGGCGGCCGAGGUGCUGCAAAAGGUCGGAUUUCAGAGGCCAGAGGAGAGUAUCCAGCGCGCGAAGCCAUACCGGGAGUGUCUGGGAGAUUAUUUCUUCCUCUGCCUGUGGAAUGAAGAGAAAGAGGUGCAUCUAUUCCGGCAGUCGCGGUUGUGUGGAACCUUUCCGAUGCCGCCUAUCGGACCUCCUAAGCCGGGUGAUGAGUUCUUCAUGCUCACCAGUGAGAUGGAGCGGAUCGAUGACCAGCUAAUGUGGCGCGAUUACCCAGCAGAGGAUAGUCAUCCAGUGAAAAUGCCAAAGCCUGCAAGAUUCCUGGAAGCGUUGGUGCUGUUGCGCGUUCGUGACCUCGUUCUUCCGGAGUCUCGUGGCCCCUGGAAGGAACCGAUCAAUAUGAUUGCCGGUCAGGUUCUGAAACCGCGUCUAUUCAAGACAUUUAGGUGCAGUGACUUGCUCUCGCCCUUUGACGAGUAUAUGAAACUGUACUUGGAGAAGAUCGAUGUCCGCGAGAAGGUGACUAGGCCUUGCCAGAAUGGAAGCUAUUAUCUUCUGCACCUUAUGUAUGCGCGCCUGACGGCAAUGCGACUACUUCCGCUCCCGGAGGCAGAGCUCAUCGGGAGGGAUUGGGGCGAGCCCCGUUGCGACGAGGAACGAGACGUUGAAUGGAGGUGUAAGCAGUUGGGUGUGGUUCCUGGUCCGGAGCCUUAUAAUGGGCCCGCGCGAGGGCGUUUGAUGUCCCACUAUGCGUUCGCAAGCGCUCUUUCGACUGAGGUUCACGUUUCCUUGUGA